UAAAUGGGACAUAGUAACAAUGUGACAGAAUUUGUUUUCCUGGGCCUCACUCAGGAUCUACAGGGCCAAAAAGCAUUAUUUGUCGUAUUUUCACUCAUCUACAUUAUGACAAUGGUGGGCAACCUGCUCAUUGUGGUCACUGUUCUUUCCAGCCCCUCCCUGGCCUCCCCCAUGUACCUCUUCCUUGCCUAUCUGUCACUCAUGGAUGCCGCUUAUUCCACUGCCAUUUCACCCAAAUUGAUUAUAGACUUACUCCGUUGUCAUAAGACAAUUUCUUUCUCGGCUUGCAUGGGACAGCUCUUUCUGGAACACUUAUUUGGAGGUUUUGAAGUCUUUCUUCUGGUGGUAAUGGCCUAUGAUCGCUAUGUGGCCAUCUGUAAGCCACUGCACUACAUAACCAUCAUGAAUAGACAGGUUUGCAUCCUGCUGUUGGCACUGGCUGGGGUUGGAGGUUUUGUACAUUCUUUGGUCCAACUCCUCUUUGUGUACAGCCUCCCCUUUUGUGGCCCCAAUAUCAUUGACCACUUCUUCUGUGACGUGUACCCUCUGUUGGAACUUGCCUGCACUGACACCUACUUUGUAGGCCUCACUGUGGUUGCCAAUGGCGGAGCAAUCUGUAUGUUCAUCUUUAUUUUUCUAUUAGUCUCCUACGGAGUCAUCCUCAAUUCUCUGAAAACUCACAGUCAGGAAGGGAGGCGCAAAGCCCUGUCUACCUGCAGUUCCCAUAUCACGGUGGUUGUCCUCUUUUUCGUUCCCUGUAUUUUCCAGUACGUUCGACCUGUUUCUAACUUCCCCAUUGAUAAAUCCAUAGCUGUGGUCUUUACUGUUGUCACUCCCAUGUUGAAUCCUUUAAUAUAUACUUUGAGAAAUCCAGAAAUGAAACAUGCUGUGAAAAAGCUCUGGCAUAAAAAGUUAACUAUAGAUAGAAUGAGCAUGUUGUCACCCAUACUGAAUGCUUUUGUUACUAAUUCUGAAGCACAAACAGGCAGUCCAUUGUAA